CGUGGACUCCACCCGCGUUCCAAGUCCGAAAGACCGGCUCAGGUUAGCGAAAUCGUAUGAAGGAUCUACUGAUGGCAUCUCUAGAUACUAUAUAAAUUUGUGGGAAAAACCCUCUCCCUUUUCAUUCCUCGUAUCACCGCAAGCUUAUUGAAACCCAAGAUCAUUCGACCAUUCAUCCACACAUAAUAUAAACUUGGACUAAAAUACACCCUCAAAUCACAACUCUAGUCACCCACUACUCCACUAACAUUAUGUUGAACAAAAUCUUCACAAGACCAGCGCCCCCUGUGAUACGUAGCCAGCUAAAUCCAUUGGUCCUCACGGCCGUGGCCACUACAAUUGGAGCUUUCACCUACUACUCGAUUUCAGACAAAAAAACUGAACAAGGCACGAAUAACCAGCAGUCGCCGCCAAAGACUUUCGGGGGAGGUCCAGCUUUCACUUCGUUACAGCUACACAGCGUCGAGAAAUUGAACCACGACUCGAGUCGUUUUAGGUUCAGCUUGCCUACUGAAGAUUCAGUCAGUGGCUUAUCCUUAAUUUCCUCUCUUUUAACACUCACAAAACCUGCUGGCCAAUGGCGUCCGGUAGUCAGACCUUACACACCCAUCAGCGAUCUAAAUGUACCUGGCUAUGUAGAUCUGGUAAUCAAGCGUUACCCAGGAGGCCAGGCAAGCCAGCACAUCCAUUCCCUCAAACCGGGAGAUUCGUUGUUUGUUCUUGCAGCUCUAGGCGGGUACAAGUGGAAGCAGAAUGAAUUCAAUCACAUCGUUAUGAUUGCCGGUGGGGCAGGUAUUACCCCCAUGGCUCAACUCCUGAAGGGCAUCUUCUCCAAUCCCUCUGAAAAGACCAAAGUAACUCUUCUGUUCGGCAUCAACACCGAUGAGGACGCCCUCUUCCGCUCCGAAUUUGACGAGAUUGCAAAGACUCACCCGGACCGCUUCAGCGUCGUCUACACCGUUACUCACCCUGGCCCAGACUCGGUCUUCCUCAAGGGCCGAGUCACGAAAGAACUUAUCAAGGACGCUCUAUCGAAAACCUCAAAUGUGCCUGAGAAGGUAUUUGUAUGCGGGCCGCCGGCGAUGGAAGCGUCGCUCCUGGGCGAGCGGAAUGGGAGUCAAGGAAUCCUUAAAGAGUUGGGGUUCGGCAAAGAUCAGAUUUAUAAGUGCUAGAUGCGUAAAAGGGUUAGUUCACUGCUUCCGGAGUUUGUCUGCCCGGUCGGAAAGAUGGGAAAGUCUAAUAAUUUGCCGUGUAUAUUCGGAGUUUUGAGCUCUCAAGUGGGUUUGAUUGACAAACCACAACAGGAGGCCAGGGGUAAAAGGAAACAUUUCGCAUUCAAAUAGUAGGCCCUGUUAAUAAAACUUCGUUAAUAUUAAGUGUUCUCGGCUAAUUUUCCAAAUGUUGCAUCGAUUUUGACACCCCUUGGUGACUGAACGAAAUGAAACACAGCCAGUAUUGCACGUACAGCCC